UUUUUUUUCUCUCUCGUCAUUAUCCUCGUGCGAGUAGGAGUUAAAGUAGCUGCGGCGUGUGCCAUUCGCGUCAAUCGUAUUAUCGUUACGACGUGUGUGAUUACACUUUAUACAUCUCCGCGCGCAACGUCGCGCGUACGUUGUCAGACGUAGUUUUUUUUUCAUAAAUAUUAUACGAGAGUGUACAGAGCUCGGAAGAUCGGAGCAGCUGCAAAUACACAGACGCGCACUCACACGGAUGGACGGGCUCUUGUGUGGAGCGCGCCUAAUAUUAUAUACAUGGCUAUGUGUGUAUAUAACUGCCUGAGAGGUGGUCGGGGCUGUAUAUUCUAGUCGCUCUCUCGGUGUUGUGCAGCGUGCGGACACCAGUUCAGUUGAGUUUCGCAGGUUGCCGGCAACGCACGCCAAAACACGUGCUGCUCUCUCUCUUACUCUCGGCCAGUUCAUUUGUGCGUCGCUUUGUUUUGAAAUUCUUCAUCAAAAUAAACAAACGCCCAGCAAGUUGCAGAUUACAUCGAACAUCCGUAACGCGCUUGCGUUUACCUUGUUUCACGACGAUAGCAGACGUCUGACACAACGUACAGCAGCAGAAUCAGCAAUAUGGAAUCCGCGGUGGCUAAUUACUACCAGGACAAGAGCGUCUUCGUGACCGGUGGCACCGGCUUCCUCGGCAGUGCCCUCAUCGAGAAGCUGCUCAGGUGCUGUCCCGGCAUCAAGAACAUCUACUUGAUCAUCAGGCAGAAGCGAGGCAAGACGGCCGAGGAUCGUCUGCCGGAAGUGCUCCAGAACUCUGUCUUUGAUAGAUUAAGAGAAGAAGGAAAAACUGACUUAUUCAAGAAAGUCAUUGCUAUCAGUGGAGAUAUUGGAGAAAAAGAAUUGGCACUAUCGGAAGAGGAUCUCGAUACAUUGUCUGAAAAUGUUCAUGUUGUAUUCCAUUCAGCAGCAACCUUGGAUUUUGAAGCAGACUUGAAAAAUACUGCUAAUGUUAAUUUACUUGGUACUCGACGAGUGGUUGAAUUAUGCAAAAAGCUCAAAAACUUUAAGUGCCUUGUGCAUGUUUCCAGUGCCUAUGUUAAUUCCUAUAUUACAGAAGCCUAUGAACGAGUAUAUGAAGCCCCUACAGAGGUGGAAGGAUUACUAAAAAAAGUAAAGAAGUACGCCACCCAAGAGCUUAUUCCAAUGACAGCAGAUAUCAUUGGAAACCAUCCCAAUUCAUAUACUUUUACUAAACAUUUAGCUGAGCAUGAAGUUGUAAAUUCAAAAUUACCAUCAGUAAUUGUUCGUCCUUCUAUGAUUGUGGGUGCUUGGAGAGAACCAAUUCCUGGUUGGACCAUUUCUAAAAAUGGACCUCAAGGAUUUUUGAUGGGAGCUAGUAAAGGUGUUGUACGUCGCUUGCCUGUUGCUGAAAAUCUUAUAUAUGAUUACAUUCCAGUUGAUAUUGUGGUAAAUUCUCUGGUAGUAGCGCCUUAUUCUGUUGAAAGAGAUAACCCAUCUACAACCACAGUUUAUCACCUUACAUCAAGUACCUGCACUCCUUUUAGAUGGGCAGCUGUAACGGAUAAAAUAAAUGGUUAUCUGCACAGAUAUCCACUGGCUAGUGCUGUUUGGUAUCCUAGUUUAAAACUGGUUCCAUCUUUAACUCACUUUAGAAUUUCUGCCUUUUUUGUACACAUGAUUCCAGCUUAUAUCUUGGAUACUAUUACUAGAAUAGCUGGAGGUAGACCUGUAUUGGUUCGUCUACACACAAGUGUGAAUAAAUCUCUUGACAAACUCGAAAAAUUCAUUUUCACGGAAUGGAAAUUCCAUAACACGAAGACUCUAGAAUUGCAUGAAACUCUCAAUGAUAAAGAUAAAGAUCUGUUUACUAUGGAUAUUAGGCCAAUUGAUUGGGAAACUUACUUCAUUGAUUUAUCAAAAGGUGUUAGGGUGUAUUUGAACAAGGAACCUAUGAAAAAUUUAAAUAAAGCCUUGAGAAAAGAUAAGAUUUUACUAGUUCUUCAUUUACUUCUUCAAUCAUUGAUUUUGAGUUUUAUUUGGUGGUCAUUCAAAUCGAUUUUUGGCAUGGGCUGGACUGAAACAGGAAUGAUUGUUCCACUCACAUACUUCCUUAUGAGUUUACUAUAAAUAACACUUCUUCGGGUUCAAAACGGAACUAUAUACUAAAAAUAUUUUAGUAGUUGAUGAUGUUACUUUCAUAAUGAAAUUGAUGAAAACGGAAAAAAUUUAAUAAGCAAUGUUAUUCAGGCACAUCAACAUGAAUGAUACUUUGCCUUUUUAUAUCAACAUCGUUAUAUUAAAAAUAUAUUAGUGAUAUUAAACUGAUAUAAUUUAAUUACACAUUGUAAUAGUACAUUUAAUACAUUUAUUAUAUUUAACUUAUUCAAAGAUUAAAAUUUAUGUAAAUUCAAAGGAUUGAUUUUGUUAGAUCACGAAUGAAUUUUUAUUUAUGAAAAUAGAUUUUUUAGGUGCAUCAUAAUCAUAUUUAUAUUAUAAUUAUAAUGCAUUAUAAUCAUAUUUAUAAUCUCUUAGUCGUAUAAGAGGUGAAAUGAUUAUUUUGUACUGCAUAUGUUUAUACUUGACAAUAUUGAGUGGCUAAUAAAAAUAUUU